ACGCGCGGCCGCACGACCUCCGGGCCGGGCCCUGGGGUGCUCCCCGCCCCGGGCUUCCCCGCGGGCGGGAGCGGGGCGCGCGUCCCCAGCCGGGCGGCGGGGCCCGACCCGGGCCGUGUGCAAACGCGUGCAGCGCGGGCUCUUUGUGUGUCUGUGUGCGGCUCCGCGCCGCCGCGGGCACCAUUUUCUGCUUCGCUCAGGACAGGCACAUAAAAGGGAAGGCGGCUGCCGCCCGUCGCCGUCCUCUUUCCCUCAGAUGCCCUCUGCUGCAGGUGUAGAGAGGAGAGAGAGUGAACAGGGAGCGGGGCUUUUGUCUGUUGGUCUCCCUGGACUGAGGAGAGGGAGAAUAGACGCCCAAGACUAAGAUUCUCAAAAUGGUUUAUUACCCAGGACUCUGUGUCUGGGUCAGUCAAGAACCAUUUCCAAACAAGGAAAUGGCAGGAAGGCUUCCUCAGGGAAGACUUCCCGUCCCAAAAGAAGUGAACCGCAAGAAGAAGGAUGUGACGGCUGCUGCCUCCCUGACUCCACCGGGUGGCAAUGGACUCCACUCCCCGGGAAUCAGUUACCUCCACUUUUUUUAAUCGUAACACCUCCAUUUGUAUUACAUAUGGUGUAUGGGUAUUGAUGAGGUCAUGGUAUCAUAUAUGGGAUUUUUUUCUGUGUAAAUCAUCAAGUAUAAGAAGAAACUAUGGGACUCUGAGCCUUGCUUUAGAGAAUUUACAGUGGACAAAUAGCUAUCAUCAAACCAGUUUUUAAUCAUUCUGACUCAAGUGAAAACGCUCAGAAUUUCACACUGUGAAUCCACGUUUACAACCCUUACAGGUGGGCCUCCAGGCCUGGUUCGCUACAACAAUGUCUUCCACAACUCAAACUCCCACCGUGCUCACACAACCGGUCCACUCCCGCCUUUCACUCACACAGCUCCCGACUGCUUCUUGCAGAGGCUGAGAGUCCCCAUUUUUUUUUUCAUUUAGAUGUAACAAGCCUAGUAGUUUAUGUUCAUCAAUUGUCUGUAUAUCUCUAUAUUUUAUCCAUGUACUCUUUUGAUGUAUAGAAGUAGUUUGAAACUCAUUGUUUCCUUGUGGUAAGUGACCGAGAUGCUGCCACAGGACCUGAGACACUGAUGAAUGGUGCUAUUUUGGACUUUCAACAUGCUCCUUGGCGAGGUAGCUCUGAUGGAGUUAUUUUUUAUUUCCAUGUUCUAAGAAGGUGUUGGUACUCUGUUUCCCUGAAUGUUGUUCUCUAGACUGGAUUGACUUGUUUUCCUUGUGUCUUCAGUGUGGCUUUCUUCCUCAGUGUUGUAGGUUGAGUGAAUGCUACCAGAGUGUGAGAGGCUAUUGUCUCAUUGGCUGGCACUCACAGACAUGCAGUCACGGGAGCAAUCACAAAACUGUAAUCGACUUACCAAAUCUAUUCCUUCACGUAGCCUCGCCUGCCUAACUUAGAGAAAGAAAAGCAAUAAUUUUACAGGCGUUUUGAGGUGUCUCUUUGAGUUCUUUUUGUUUGAAAGGAUAUUUGGGGGGAAAGGGCAAAACUCUUUUUUAAUAUGCCCUCUGAAAAAAAAAAAAUCCAAAACAGCGGCAUCUGAGUAGGAAUAUGAAAAUUACACCUUUUCCAAAAAUGAAGUUGGAAAAAAUGUCUUUACAAAAUAAUAAUAAUUAAAAAAAAAUGGCAGAGUGCUCUUCUUUGGCGGUUUUGAUAAGCAUGGUGUAGAUUUUACAUUUUUGUCCUUGCUCCCAGUGAAGUGGAUAAACAAAAUAAAAUACCAUCUACUCAUGGAAUGUUGUUGUGUUAGCCAGUCUGAAAGCCCACCUUAAUUUUUAUAUAACUGUCUUUUAGCUCUUCCUUUGACAGGGCAGGCCUUGUUCUGAACUGUUCUGCUUCUGACUGUUUAACACCGACAACGCAUGCACUGCACUUCUUCGUUCUCUUCUCGCUCUCCCAUUGGCCUGAGUUUCUCGUGCGUCCCCCCGCCCCACCCUUUGUUAGAAUAGGUAUAUCAGCUGUGUAAAUAGAGCAAGAAACAGUAUUCUGCAUCUGUGGCAUUUAUGUAGAGUUGCAGUUGUGUACUGCUGAAAAUGCAGGCUUUUGUAACAAUGUGAUCUUUACUGAUGCACUCAUGACAAGUACCCAAUGUAUUUUAGCUAUUUUAGUAGUAUUUGUUCAAUAAAUAUGCAAGCUGUAAGGUAA